AUGAGUUCGCUUUACUUCGCCAACGCGUUGUUUUCCAAAUACCAACAAGCUGCGGCGAGCUGCCCCGCUCUGCUCUUCACAGACUCUCCAACUUCUCCCUCCACGUCUUCCUCUGCGUCUCCUGCCGGGUCUUCUUCGUGCGCCCUCGUGUCCAGCGGAUACCACCAUCAUGUCUCCGGUGGGAGAGGCGUCGGAGCGCUCCCUUUCCCUCCCUCCUCCUCUACUACUUCUUCUUCUCCUUCCUCCUCCUCUUUUCCCUCCUCCUCUUCUUCCUCAUCGUUCCGUUUGUCUCUUUCGGGACUGAACGGGAGCAGCGGGGAUACUCAGCCCGGCUCGCAUCAUUUCAACCCCGCAGAAGUAUGCACAGGAGGGGCUUACAGCGCGCAUGGAGCCGGGCCGCUGUGCUCCUCUCUGCAGGGAUGCGCCGCGGAGAGAUACUCCGGAGAAUCUCAGCUGUGCUCUCUAGCUGCCAGGCUCCCAGAGCCGGCCUGCAGGAGGCAGAGUAGCCCGGAACAACGGCGACAGCUAAACGAAGAGAGGCUACGGAUAUACCCUUGGAUGAGAAGCUCAGGUGUCGAGAAGCGGCGCGGUCGCCAGACGUACACGCGCCACCAGACGCUCGAGCUGGAGAAGGAGUUCCACUUCAACCGGUACCUCACGCGGAGGCGGAGGAUAGAAGUCGCGCACCUGCUCUGUCUGACUGAACGGCAGAUCAAGAUCUGGUUCCAGAACCGGAGGAUGAAGUAUAAGAAGGAGAACAGGGUGACGGAGAGCGGCCUCUCAACGACGGCCUUACCGACUGCUGAAGAAGAAGAGGAGGAAGAGGAAGAUGAGUGACAAUCACUCUAACGUAUACUGUAACUUUUAAGAUGAGAAACUGUAAAUCAGCAUUAAAGGUGUUUUAGCUCUUAGCUCUGGCAUUACAUUUUCACCAGUGAUGUAAAAGUAGCAGAAAUCAAACGUCCAGCCAACUACUGCCAGUAUGAGCACAAUAACAAGCAUUUACUUUAUAACGAUAGUCUGUAUCAAUGUAGCUGUUUUCCUUUAGUGUUAGAUAUAUUGAGAGCAUUACACAUGUAUAAUCCUUUUAUGAUAUGACUCAUCUGAUCUGCAACAGAGGACGACUGAAACAGCAGCACUUGUGAUUUCUGUGCAUACAAAGCGUGUUGUCAGUGUUAAUGUUGCCUGUACACUGUAGUAAGUGGUAGAAGACUGGAAUAGUUGGAUUAUUGGCUUAGUGCCACAUUUUUAUUUUGGAGUAUAGAUGGACUGUUACCCAGAUUUUUAGAAACACUGAGGACAUGAGGCUGAAUUCCUCCAGCUGUAUUUAAAUAAUAGGCUAAUUUAAAAAAAAAAAAAAUCAUAUCACAAAAAAAAAAUUUCAGAUUUCCUUUGACUGUUCAAUUGUGAUAUUUUCUUUAAAUUGGAUGUCUUCCCCAAUACUUUAAGUGUUCUUUUUCAUCCUAUAUCUUCACUUAUAUUCUGGUGUUUCUUUAGCAUAUUCAGCAUUACACAAAUAUCAAAAAUCAACCUUAAAAAGUGUCUCUAGUAUUAAUGUGACCUCUGUGUUCUCAGUGGCUCUGACUGUGUUUGACCGUGUUAAUAGAAAGCAUGCUGAUCUUGUACAUGAAAUGAAGGGAUGCUAAGCUAAUGUAGCUGAUGGUGGCAGUCCUAACUAACAAUGUGAUGUUUCAUUUAAUAACUCUAAAAAAAAAAAAAAAAAAAAACAAUCUGUCCAAAUGAAAUUGGAAUAGAAGGGAUGUCUUUUUUUUUUUUUAAAAGAAAAAAGUUGACCAAUGAGUUUGUGCACCUUUGGAUUUUAGCAUCUCCUUGAAUGAAUGACAUGCUUUUAAAAUGAAUUAUAUACUGGUUUGUUUGUCUUCAUUUUUCUGUAUUUGCACCUGUGUUUUUCCUGUUGCUUGACUCAUAACCAUCCAGACUAAACUGCACUUGUUUUUUCUUGUAUGUAAAUAAUAAAAA